UUCAUUCGCAGAGAAAAAUCUGUUCUUAAAGACGUAGACAAGCGUGUUGUAUCUGUAAGGCAACAGGAAAAAAAAAAAAAAAACAAAAAAAAAAACGCUCUGACUUGCUUGGAGUCAGCCCCAGUGAGUGAGUGGGCUCUGCGUAAAGGACUGCAAACUCCACACAUAAACUGUUGUAAAUUCCAUUGGCAGGACUAGUUUGUAUGUUCUGCGGGGUUUUGGAUGUGUUAGAUCACUUCUGCGAACACGCUGAUUGGGAAUUUAUUUUUUAAAAGGCCAUUCACUUGGUCCGUUUGCGCAAGAACUGGGGGAAAAAAGGAGCGUUUGUGCGCCCCGUUGAAAACAGUAGGAGUCUUAUUUUUGAGGAAGACAUGGCCAAGUUAUUUCGAGCUGCUAUCAUGGGUCCACCAGGAUCAGGGAAAGGUACAAUAUCCCGAAGGAUUGCGCAAAGUUUUGGUCUCCAGUAUCUGUCCAGUGGUCACUAUCUGCGAGAAUGCAUAGCAGCAAACACAGAGGCAGGUGUGCUUGUGAAGACCUACGUAGAAAGAGGCAUGCUGGUACCGGAUCAUGUGAUGACCAGACUAAUGCUGCCCAGGCUGGAGCAAGUGAUCGGACACAGUUGGCUACUGGAUGGUUUCCCCCGGACCCUGCCCCAGGCACGGGAACUGAAUAAUCUGUGUCAACUCGACAUGGUCAUCAAUCUCACCGUCCCGUUUGAAACUCUGAAGGACAGGUUAAGUGAGCGGUGGGUCCAUCCAGCCAGCGGCAGAGUUUACAACAUGGGCUUCAACCCACCACUAGUUGAGGGUAGAGAUGACAUUACUGGGGAGCCACUGAUUCACCAUGAUGAUGACAAACCAGAAGCUCUGAUGGCCAGACUUAGAAUCUACAAAGACGUGGCCAAACCUGUCAUAGACUUUUAUAAGUCCCUAGGAAUCCUGCAUUCGUUUUCUGGCACAGAUACAGACCGCAUUUGGCCUUACAUCAACACCGUCCUGACCAAUAAGAUGGACACGCCACAUUCAGACGCCCGCCAAACCCAGACACCAUGAGGCAACUCGGAACGACAACACCAUGUGGAAAGCAGUGUGAGGAAGUGUGUGGUUGUUACUUCAUAUUUCUCUGUGUCAGCGCUUUUGUUUCCUCACUAACGGUGAGGUAUCAACAAACGGACAAAGGAAAAUGAUCAAAAUAUACAAAACUAUCUCGGUGAUUCUGUAUCUAGUUGGGUUUUUCACGUGUUCUAUGCAUUUCAAGAGCUUCAUAGUUUCAUGUCUGCUCUAGUAUGGUAUAGCUGUCUUUUGUUGUAAAUCAUAAUUUUUGCACAAGCACCUAUCAUUGUAUUUACAAAGGUGUUUUCUGUUGCAAAUGAUGGAAAAAGGUCAUGAUUCAUUUUAACACAUGCUUGUAGUUUCACAGGAAAGCAGCGGCAAAAGCAAGGGUUCAUAUUUAAAGGCGCUAAAAGACAACUUUCUGGUAAAAUUUCACUCAUUUAAGCUUUUCUGUACUGCAGUGGCGGGUGGUCCAUAGGGGGGAUAGGGGCACCAUCUUUAGCCCAUUCCUUCUAUGUUGCCAUGGUAACACUAUGCAACGCUUACAGCAAUAUACACAUGCUAUACAUUCACAUAACUAGAUGAAUGUCAGCAAAAAGCUUGACAAAACCAGUGGUCAGACAACGGAACCUGGGGCUCCAAUCUGUAAUUGGAGGAAAAUUACGGAAUAACCUCGAUAAAGAAUUAAAAACAUGCACAUCAGUCACUAUAUUUAAAAGGAUGUUUAAAACUAAGGUAUUCAAUAAUUAUAAAAUAUUAGGAUAAAGUAAGCUAAUUAUCAGUAUAGGUCUAAGAUUUUGCUUAGAUUGUAUUAUUUGUUUAUUUAUAUUAUUGUUUAAAACUGCACCAUCUUGUUAUCUUGUUUUGUUUCUGCAACUUUUCUUUUUUGUAAAUAGGGUAGGUAUAAAUAAGAUGUUGCUUCAGCCCAUGUUUAAUAUAGAAAUCCAAAUUGUAUGUAUGUAUAUAUUGUGUUCUGUUAAAUCGACGAAUAAAUUACUACUACUACUAAAACGGCACAUGACUAGGACAGAAUGGGAUUCAAACCGCCAGCCUUUUGGUUACUGGAUGACCCACUCUACCUCCUGGGUGACAGCCGCCCAUUUACAUGAUUAUAAACAUCUACAUGAUCAGUGAAUGAAAUAUAGAAAAAUACAUGAUUUUCACUGAAAAAACACAAAAUACAUGAGAUAAUAUUAUAAUAAUUGGUGACAAAUCAGUUGAAAAAGGUUAAAUCUAAAGAAAAAUUCAUUUGGAGAUGGCCACAAAAGUAGCACUGGAUCUUUAUGGGUUAAUUUCCAAAUAACACAUGGUUGUUCAGCUACGUAGAUAAUAUAAAACCUAUUAAUAUCAGCUGACAAGUGGCGAGGUUGCAGGGUUUCAAGUAUGUGAGUACGCUGUAGAACAAUAAUUUCUUUUUCGUGAAUAAGAACACUAAAUAAUACUAGAUAAUAUUAUAAUAAUUGGUGAUAAAUCACUUAUAAAAGGUUAAAUCUAGAGAAAAGUUCAUUUGGGAACUGCCACAAAAAUAGCACUGGAUCUUUAUGGGUUAAUUUCCAAAUAACACAUGGUUGUUCAGCUACGUAGAUAAUAUAAAACAGUGGUUCCCAACCUUUUUUGGCUCCAGACCCCAUUUUAACAUCACACAUUUCUGGCAACCCCAGACAUUCAAAAUGGAGA